AAAUGUUGUUGUUUUUCAUGACCAAAAUAAGAGACUUUUGCUUGAGGAGGGACGGAUAAAUGGGACCCUUCUACCUGGAAAGAAGCAGGGCCUGUUUUGCAGUUUUUAUCUGUGUUUUGGCACUAAAACAACCUGACUAAUGACCAACGUUCACUCGGCAAAUACAAAUAAAGUGGUCUGAUAAUACUUGACUUAUUUAGUUUCUGUUGACCAGAGCCAGAUGCAAUGAUGGACUUUAAGGUGUUGGCACUUGUUAUAAUCCUAAUGCAAGCAUGCAUGCCAGCUUUGGCCCAGACUCCAACAGAACAACCUGACUCUCCAGGAAUACUAAGGAGGCUGGCAGAAAGAGCCAGGCAAGCCAAGGCUAAAUUUCAGGGUCUUGGGGAGACGGCACUUGGCUUCGCUGGUGCUUAUUAUGAAGAUCACAUCCAGCCAGUGACUGACAGUUAUGUGGAGUGGGCCUCUAAUGUCAGAAGUUCCCUGCAGGAGAGAAUUCAGACAGCUGUGGAAAAUUACAUGCCAUUUAGAAAUUGAUCAACCCAUCUGACCCAAAAACAAUGUAAAAGUAAACAUUGAAAUGAAAGGCUGCUGCUUCUUGUGUCUUGAUGUUUAUUUUAAAUGUGUAAUUUUGUAAAAUAAAGAAGAAUCUGAUUAAAAUGUAAGGAACA